GGGAGGAGACAGCCCGUUCCCGGACGGAGCCUUCACCGGGCACGGAGGAGCUGGAAUGAUUUAUCCCCGGGCUCAGCCGCCCCUCCCCGCUUCUUGGGGGGGCCCAAAAAAGCUCGAGGAAGGAAAAAGAAACGGGGGGGUGCCCGGGGGGGGCAGCCGGGGUCCCGCACCCGGACGGGACCUUAAGGUGGAGCCGCGUCCGGAUCUGUCCUGUGCCACCUCCCCGCUGCCCGCGGGGCUCCAGGGACAGCCGAGGUCCCUGUUGGCACUCUGAGGUCCCCUGCUCGCACUGUGCCUGUCCCCGAGGUCCCUGCCUGUCCCCCAGGUCCCUGCCUGUCCCCCCCAGGACCCCACCUGUCCCCCAGGUCCCCAUCUGCCACCCAGCCCGAGCAGGUAAGCAGAGGGGUGGCCGGGCCAGGAGCACCGCCACCCCCUCCACCACCCUUCCUCCUCCUCCUCUUCCUCUCCUGCCCCGUCCGCAGCCCCGGGGGUGGCUUUGGGGACAGCAGAGCCCGCGGGGACGCUGCCAGCCGGGGCCGGUAACGGGGUGCAGCCCAGCGGGGCAGGGAAGGACCGGGAGCUGCUCCCCGCCAUCCCAUUCCCUCCCCAAAAAAAUCCCCUCCGGCGCAGCGGAGACCACAGCCAGCUCCGUGCCUCAGUUUCCCCGCUGCCCGGCGGAGCCAUGUGGCACUGCCGCGUGCGGGAGGUGACAAUGUCAACACGGAGAGGGGACAGCGCGCCGCGUGACUCGCAGGGCAGGGGUUUCCGCAGGAUUUCCCCUUUUUUUUUUUUUUUUCCCUCUCCUCCCUCCCCGGCCGGGCCGAGGCGGCGCCCAUGGAGUUCUCGGAGCUGAUCAAGACGGCGACAGUGGAGGACGUGCUGCUGUCGCGGCCGGGGGUGGCGGCGGUGCGGGGCACCCUGUGCAUCACCAGCCACCACCUGCUGCUCUCCUCCUGCCCCCGCGGCGACCUGGAGCUCUGGCUGCUCAUCCGCAACGUGGACGCCGUGGAGAAAAGGGUCUCGGGCUCCUCGGGCACCAUCACGCUGCGCUGCAAGGACCUGCGGGUGCUGCAGCUGGAGAUCCCGGGCACGGAGCGGUGCCUGAACGUCGCCAGCUCCAUCGAGGCGCUGUCCUCGGUGGACUCGGUGAUGAUGCUGUACCCGUUCUUCCACCGCCCGCCCAGCCUGCGGCUGCAGCAGGGCUGGCACCUGGCUGUCGCCGAGCGCCACCUCCAGCGGGUGGCCGCGCAGACCAGCCAGUGGCGGCUGAGCACCGUGAACGGCGACUUCAGCGCCUGCCCCUCGUACCCGCGGGCCGUGCUGGUGCCCGCGGCCGUGGGCGAUGAGGCCGUGGCCAGGGCGGCGAGGUUCCGGCAGGGCGGCCGCUUCCCCGUGCUCUGCUACUUCCACCCCAAAAACGGCACCGCCCUGCUCCGCAGCAGCCAGCCCCUGACGGGUCCCAACCGGCGGCGCUGCCGCGAGGACGAGCGGCUCCUGGGGACAAUCCUGGACGAGGGCGAGCGCGGCUUCGUCAUCGACACGCGCUCGGCGCAGGCGGCCAAGCAGGCGCGGAUGGGCGGCGGCGGCACCGAGCCCAAAUCCUGCUACCCGCAGUGGCGGCGGCUCCACCGCGCCCUGGAGAGAGGCCGCCCGCUGCAGGAGAGCUUUGCCCGGCUGGCGGAGGCGUGCGGCGAGCCCGCUCCGAGCAUGGAGCGCUGGCUGGGCCGGCUGGAGGGCAGCCGCUGGCUCAGCCACGUCAAGGCCGCCCUGAGCACGGCCUGCCUGGCUGCCCAGUGCCUGGACAGGGAGGGCUGCUCGGUGCUGGUGCACGGCGCCGAGGGCACGGACACCACGCUGCUGGUGACAGCGCUGGCCCAGCUCAUCCUGGACCCCGCCUGCCGCACCCUGGAGGGAUUCCAGGAGCUGCUGGAGCGGGAGUGGAUCCAGGCCGGGCACCCCUUCCAGCUGCGCUGCGCCCGCUCCGCCUCCUCCCACGCCCGGGGGAAGCAGGAGGCGCCGGUUUUCCUCCUCUUCCUCGACUGCGUGUGGCAGCUGAGCCGGCAGUUCCCCUUCUCCCUGGAAUUCGGGGAGCAGCUGCUGCUCACCCUCUUGGACAACGCCUACGCCUCGGCCUACGGCACCUUCCUGUGCAACAACGAGAAGGAGAGGAGCCUGUGUAAGGUGAGGGAAAGCACACACUCGCUGUGGGCCUGGCUGAACCAGCCUGAGGAGAGGCACAAGUACCUGAACCCUCUGUACUCACACAACCCCCUGGUGAUCUGGCCCUCCGUGGAGCCCCAGAGCAUCCAGCUCUGGCAGGGUUUCUUCCUUCGUUGGAUCCGUCCUUCCCAGCACCUGGAUGAGGCCUGGGUGGAGAUCCAGAGGUUGGUGCAGGGAAAGAACUCCUCCCUCCAGGAGAGCGCAGGGAAAAGGCUGAGCCAGCCCCUCCCUGAGCCCCCUGCUGGGACAGAGAACGGUGAAACCGGGAAAGCUGGGACAAGGUGACGCUGGAAAUUCCCGUGGGAAGGGCUGUGCAGGACACAGACCCCGUGGGCAGCUCUGGGACAGGGGACAGAGCCUCCCUCAGCUGCCCACCCUGAGCUCGUUUCAGUAAAUCUCUCUCCCAGCC